AUGAAUGGAGCCUUAGUCCAGAACUGCAGUCAUCAGUCUGUUGGUGGUGUGAGAAAUUUUGAUGAUGCAGGGAAUAGGAACAAUAUAUUAAGGAACAAAAUCCUUGACUGGGCAGGUGAGAGGGGAAAGGGUAGAGAUUCCAAAAGGAGCAGAAGCUGGAGGAACAAAGACAGAUGCCUGCAGGGUGGUGAUUCCACUGAAGCAACUGCCAAACCAAAGAGAAGCUUUUAUGCUGCGAGGGAUUUGUACAAAUACCGACAUCAGUACCCACAGAACUUCAAAGAUAUCCGAUAUCAAAAUGACUUGAGCAAUCUUCGUUUUUAUAAGAAUAAAAUUCCUUUUAAGCCAGAUGGUGUUUACAUUGAAGAAGUUCUAAAUAAGUGGAAAGGAGAUUAUGAAAAGCUGGAGCACAACCACACUUACAUUCAAUGGCUUUUCCCCCUGAGAGAACAAGGCUUGAAUUUUUAUGCUAAAGAAUUAACUACAUAUGAAAUUGAGGAAUUCAAAAAAACGAAAGAAGCAAUUAAAAGAUUCCUCCUGGCUUAUAAGAUGAUGUUAGAAUUUUUUGGAAUAAAACUGGUUGAUAAAACUGGAAAUGUUGCUCGUGCUGUUAACUGGCAGGAAAGAUUUCAGCAUCUGAAUGAGUCCCAGCACAACUAUUUACGAAUCACUCGUAUUCUCAAAAGCCUUGGUGAGCUUGGAUAUGAAAGUUUUAAAUCUCCUCUUGUAAAAUUUAUUCUUCAUGAAGCUCUUGUAGAAAACACUAUUCCCAAUAUUAAACAGAGUGCUCUGGAGUAUUUUGUUUAUACAAUUAGAGACAGGAGAGAGAGGAGAAAGCUCCUACGGUUUGCCCAGAAACAUUACACGCCUUCAGAGAAUUUUAUCUGGGGACCGCCAAGGAAAGAACAGUCAGAGGGAAGCAAAGCCCAGAAAAUGCCUGCCCCUCCCACCUCUGGUCAUAUCAGUCAAACUUCUAUGCACAAAAAAUCCAAGGACUCUAAAAAUUCCUCCUCAGCUAUUCAUUUGAAUAGCAAAACAGCUGAAGAAAAAAAAGCGGCACCUGGAGGGGCUGGAGAAGAGGCAGACAGGCCUAGCACAGAGCCCAGCAGUGAAGCCACCAAGUCAAAGACAGAGGACGGUAAUGCUGAAAAUUCAAAUUCUCAACUGGAAAAAGCAGUCAGCCAUCCUACAGAGAGGAAGGAAAUUGCAAUUCCUCCUGAAAAAGAUGAAGAGGGUGAAAAUCACAACAAAGACUGUGAAAAUCCUGGAAAUACAGGCUCCCCUGAUGAUGUACCAUUACAGUGAAUUAUCAGAAAACCCGCAAAUGUGUAUAGGUAAGGGAGGAAAAACUGUACAAUAUAUCCUGAAGAACAGAGGUCAUUUCAAAUUUUAGCGAUCUGUUUGUAAUUUCUGUUGUAAAGAGUUUGUUGUUGGUUUUUUAUUUUGAAUGAUAAUGAAUUUAAUAGUUAGUAAGAAGUUUUAAGCAGGACCCAAUAAAUGAAUGUAUUCUCUAACACUUUUAGCACUUUUAGGAUGUGAGUUUCCAAGUUCUGUGCAUAAUAAUUGCUUUUAAAUUAUUUUCAGUGUAUGUGGAAAUAAUCAUGUAGUAUUUGAUAUAUCAAAUAAAUUCUUUUGGGAGAUUACGGUCUACAUGAAGAAAAUCAAGAGGAUAAAUUUCAUUAUUUUGCCACAUAAUUGCCCAAUUUAUGGAUUCAUAAAGCUGGGAAAACAAAUUUAGUCGAUUCAAAUGUAUUCAGAAAGUAAUUUGGAAUCUUCAUUACAACACCUCAAGAUGUUUCUUUUUAAAUUCUGGUAUGUGAAAUGGAUAUUCUUAGGAAGCCAUAAUCACCCAGCCCAUUUCUUGGGCUUUCCACUGUCCUUUCCUCUUUUCCUGUCUCUGCACUUGCCUUCAUUUGCCAUCUUUGUAGGCCAGCAUGUGCAUUUCUAGGGUACAUUCCAGUGAUCCCCUGUACUGAAAUUUAAAUCAAACAGAGGGGCACUUUUAACUGUAUGAUAUCAAGAAUUUGCUUUUUUAAAAUAAUAAAAAUGUUUUUCUAUGUUAAAUGCUUAAAAACAAAUUUUGAUGCAAAAGUCCAAGAAAAGGAUUUUGCUUUUAUGGCUGUUCCAUAUAAAUUCGGUGCUUGUUUCUGAAUGCAAAUGACUAACGAAUUCAAAAAUAAGGAAAGAAAAUACACAUUUUUAAAUAGCAUGCUUCUUACACUGGUAACAAGGCAGUGGUCCCUAAAACCUUGACUAUCUCAGUGUUCUGUGGGCUGUGAAAUUAACAAUAUUGCUUAGUCCAGUGUAUCUUUAAAAAAGAAAACAAUUUGAAGUAUCUCUAAGUAGUCAAACCUUGAAAUUCAGAACAUUUAAAAUUCUGUAUUCUCAGUUUUAGCAAGCACUUAUUGCGUUAAUAUUGGUUAAGAGUAUGUAGUUUUACUUUCUGUAAUAUUAUUACUAAUGUUACACAUCAGAAAAUAAUCACUGUGAUGAGAACUUCAAAGCAUACAUACAAAUAUAGUUAAAGCAACUAAUAGAAAAAAAAAUUCACUUUCAUUUAGAGAAGAAUUGGCAAUUGUGUGUCUCUUGGGCUUUUAGAUUCACCUUAACCCCCAGAGAAUUUUUACUGUGUCUUAUUUGUUAGUCACAUCAUAUCAUCCUCUGUUAACCUUUAUAAUCGGGGGAUUUCCAGCAGAGAAUUUCUAGAAAAUAUACCAAUUGUAUGCCUUUAGAAGUAUGAUUUUAUUGCUUUGAAGUUUACAUGAAGCAUCAUAGUUGCUGAAACUUGAGUUUUUAAUAUAUUAUUAACCAAGUUGUAUAUCAUAUUCCAGUUAUAAAGCAUCUUCUCAUUUCUGGUUCCCAGAGUAUCCCAAUUUUUGCUUUCUGCUUUCUACAAAAGCAGAAACAAUUCUGCUUUUGCAUUUCAGUUUCUUUUUUGUAUGGGCCCUGUAAUGUGCUGCUUAUAGCAAUGUCCCCAUAGAGCUCAAAAAACAGUUUUACAGGGUAAGAUGAGAGUAGUUGUUACAUUGAGCUGAACUGUAGGAACAUGAUUAAUUCAAAAUAUCUUAGCAAUUUUGAAUACAUGAAAAAGUGUUCAGACUGCUUUCUAAGUGCAAAAUAUUUAAAAUUUGUGACUAGAUAUUAAAAUAUUAAUAAACAGUGGACAGAGACUAAAAUAAAUGGAUAUAAUCUGAAUUGCUUAGAAACUGUAGUGUAUCAGAGCCCUUACAAAUAAAAACACUUCAUUCAACAAUUUAACUUUUAGAAUAUUAUUCCUAAUUAGGGGUUUGAUUAGAUUGCAACAGUUAAUUUGAGAAUAUUUAGUCUCAAGGGAAAAACUGCCUGGCCUACAUUUAUAAACAGUGGCCUUUUCCCAGAAUGUUGUUUUUAAAAUCCAUAUUCAUAUGUAACAGUAUGAUUCCUACAUUUAAUCCGCAAAUAAUUUAUGAGAGAAUUCCUCAGUGGAGAACAAAUAAGAGGAUGUCAUUCCUUUUGCAGAUAAAAAUUAUGUCUAUAAUUUUUUUCUAUAAAGAAUACUUUGUAAAAUUAAUAGUUUUUUAAAUAAUAUCUAUAGAUACGUAUUUAUGUGGGUCUUAGAUAUGAAACAGCCUUCUGGGUUUGUCUCUAAUGUUUUGUAUUUUUAAAAACUACCAUAUGCUUGCAGAAAUUUACUGAGAAGCUGUUUUAAAAAUGCAACGAAGCAUGACCAAAUAGCUAGAAACAUUAUUGAAUCUUUGCAAAUAUAUAGACUUUAUUGUUGUACCUUGGACUGUGAGGAUAUAAACAUUGGCUAUUGAUAAAAUAUUUACUUGCAUUUCAUGGCAGAUAGAUGUUAUAUCGCUUGGUUAGUCUCGUACAUUUCUAAUAUUUUGUGCUUUCAUAUCUCUAAGGAGAUAAUAUAUGUGAAAGUAUUUUGAAAUACUGUAAAGUGAUAUAUAAUUACAAGAUAUAUUUCUGUACAGCAGAGAAAAAGUUUAUAACAUUAAGAAUAUUGUACCAUUAUACAGUUUCAUGCUCAAUCUCAUAAGAAACUCAAAAGAAUCAUGAUAGAAGAGAAAAUGUGUCUGCUUUUUCUAAAUCAGGUCUAGUUCUCAGUUCAAAAAUUAUUUUGCAUAGUUUUGUUUUGAAUUUUGAUUUUGAGACUACAUUUUUCAGCUUCGAGGAUAAAAUAAAAUAUGCAACUCAGGAGUUACUAGAGAAGUUCUAAGAUUUUUUUUGCUCAGUAUUAACAAUGUAAACAUGAAAAUGUCAUUUCAUAUCUAUCAUAGUCAUUUUGUUUCAUAUUUUAUAUAAAAUUACCAACAUUUCUUUUAGUUUUUAUGCUUUAAUCUGAGUGAAGAUAUGAUCUGGUGAAAAAGGAAAAACAGUGCAAUGUUACAUCUGUUACUCUUUAAAAAGCCAUUUUUGUAGGUAAACUCCCAUAUCAAGUGUCAAAAACUGGUUGAGCUGAUAGGGAAUAGUUGGUUCAUUGUGUAAAGUUAAAUUUCCCAAGUUUGUAAUAGAGUUAUGAUUGGAUUUAUACUCUUGAGUAAAUGGGCCUUUUUUUUUUUUUUUGUCUUUCUAUAAUUGAGGCUCCUCUAAAAGCUUUAUUUUCUAACCUGAGAAAAGAAGGACAUUCUUGAUCUUACUUGAUUAUAGCUUCAUCUAUGGGUCUUUCAUGCCUAUUUGUGCUGAGUGGGGAUCCUUUGUUAUAGGAAUGGUUUUGAAGAUUUCUAAUUUGUCUCCCGCUUAGAAAACUCCUCUUUGUUUUUUGGGCUAUAUGUGUUAAAUAGAAGGUAGGCUGGAGUUAGACAUGCUAGGAUCAUUUCAAAUGUAGGUAAGGUUAUAGAGAACGAUGAUGGAGUCAAUGUAGGAUCUAGAAAUUAGGAGUUACAUAUACUGACUUCUUUCAGCUUUGAAUUCUGUAGUGUUUAUUACAUGAACAGAUUUGUGUGGGUAAUUUCUAGGGUGACAGUGAGUACUACCCUGCUUCCAUCCCUGUUCUAGUUAUCCAGCCCACCCAGCAGAUUGUGUUCAGGGACAGACUGUGGUUUUAGAAAUCCCUUAUUAUUGAAGUUAAUAAUAAUAUAGUUAUAAAUAUGAAUGCCUGGAGGUGUCCAGAUGUGCCUUAACUAAUAUAGAUGGUUUUCAUUCAGAAGUUUGAAUUUUUUACUCCAUUGUAAAAUCUUGCCAUGAGGAACUUUCCAAACCAUGAAUAUCAGUUAUUUUAAUGAACUUUCUUUGGUGCUUUUUCAUUUUGGAGAAAUUUCCCUUUGUGACAAUAGUAUUAGUUCAUAAGGAGGUGUAUUUGCCACAGUGUUCAACGGUGUGUUAUGUUUGACAAAAUGUAUUUACAGUAAUGUUAACUACGUUGUUACAUUUACUUACGCUUUUGUUUGAUUUUGCUACAUGCUAUGAAUUUCAUUUUAAACAUUUCUCAGUUACUACAAUUAAUAUUUGUCUGUAUUUUACUUCUUGUUCUUAGCUGCAGAUGGAUGUAGAAAAUGGAAUUCUAUUAGAGAAUUAUUUAGAAGUUUAAUUCCAGUAGAUGGUUGGAGGAAUCUGAAAUUACUUUUCUUAUUAAAAACAUUUAAAAAACACUGUUUUUGCUUUUUUUCCUAGAUUAGAAUGUUAUUUGUCAUCUGUUUUCUUGAUCUGUUGAGAAUUAUUGUUUUAGUUAUUUGUGGGAAAUAGCUUCUUAAUGUUUCUUUCUUGAAUUAAAGUUUUCAUGUUAGAGAAUACAAUUAAGUGCUUUGUUUUAUGGCUCAUACUGUGCCAGGAAGUAGAGUGCAGAAUGGGGAGUAAGAAUCAGGUGAGCAUCUUGGUAAAGUGGAGCCAACACUGGGUUCCAGUCUCUCCAAAGUCAUUACAGAUCCUCAGAGCCUCCUCUGGUUCAGAAGAGUGUUGAGCUUUCUUAUCCCCGGCUUCUGAAGAGGGUGGGUUACCUUAGAUUCUAUACAUAAUUUUAAUAUGUUAUCAAUUUUCACAAAAUAUCUGUUAUAAUUUGCUACCAUUUUGUAGUUAGGAAAUUGUGAGCAAUUGGACACUUGCUAUGUAAAUUGAAUCUUUAGAACUAUUUUGGGAAACAUUGAAAUACCAUUUCCGCCCACCCUUCCUCCUAGUUCUUCAAUCAAAGUUCUUUUAAGUUGUUCUUUCAUAGAUAUAUAUUUAAAAGUUUUUAUAAGAUGACUCAGUGUACAUUAAAAAUGAAGUGAAAGUGAAAAGACGUUGAUAAUUUGUUAGGCUAAAAGACUCUUUUUAAACAAAGAAUCCAAAACCUUAUGAAAAUAUAUUUAAGCUAUGAAAUUUAUCAUAUUCUCGUUUUUAAUUUAUGGCAGAGUUUGUAGAACAGUUUAUGUCAAUCAGAGAGAUUAGUUAUAUAAUAAUCUUGGUUCUAAGAAAUGUCUAAGUCCUGUAGCCUUUGGUCAGAUGAGCAUUAUUGUUUGUGGUGCUAAUAGAAAAUUUAGUUUCAUGUGGAGAAAAGGAAAAUACAAAUGAAACAAAAGAUUAGAGACAAUAACAAGAAACCUACAACAGAAAUAAAGAAUAACCAAUUCUAGGUUUGUACAAAUGACACAAUUAUGGGAAGCAGAUGAGGAAAGAUCCAUGAAAGCUUCAUGGUAGGGAUGUGAUUUUGGAAUUAGCUCUGGUUUUUUGUACAUUAGGUGAUCAAGGGAUUGGCGGGCAAACAGAAUCCCAUUAAUACUCCCAUUUCAACCAUGACUUCUUUCUACUCUACAGUAAACUGAAACCUUUCAGUAGACUGAUAGAAGUAGGCAAAUGAUCAGAUACCAAGUUUAAUUUUUUUUUGCCAGUGUGUAUCAAUAGUUGGUGGUUUUACUAACAAAUUAAAUUGGGGGAGUGGCUGAGUUAAGACUCAGUAAUGUGAUUGUCUACACAUGAAGUGACUAUCGCCCAUACGAGAGUUGACAAUGUAUUAAUUGUCAUUAAUACAAUCAAGGCAUUACAAUCAAGAGAAAUAACUGAGAGCAAAGUGUUAGCUUCUCCCUUAAUAAGCAUUUUUUCCUUUUUAUUAAAAGACCAUUUACUUGUUUCUUAUUUUAUUAUUUUAUUAAAAGACUUACUUUAUUAAAAGACCAUUUCCUUAUUUCUUAAGAUAUUGGCCUUUUGUUAGUAUUACCUAAGAAGAUAGAUGGCCAACUGGGUCCAGGCACUAUCUCACUUUGGAAACUAUUGUGUCCUUUGUUUUUUCAGUCUUUCAAGAAAAUGGGUAUGAUUCUUCAAAAGAUGUGUGUUUUACUUCGCACAUAAGCUCUGACUCUCCAGCAGCUGCUGGGUCUUCUCUGUGCCCUGUGUUCUACUGCAGUAUGAAUUACAGAAUGCUGUGCAUGUCUGUUAGUACCAAUACCAUGUGUAUGUGGUAGGAGUUGUAACCAGUUUCUGGAUCUGUAUGGUACUAUGAAACACUUGUUUUAUAAUUCUGUAAUUGUAUGGCAGUGUUAUGCCAAAAAUGUAUAAAGAACAAUAGUUUCCGUUGCUUACUGCUGUAUUUUAAAAUAUUGUUUCUGAAAUAAUAUAUUUAGAGUUCCUUUACAGUAAUUAUUUUUAAAAAACUAUUGCCAAAUAUACAUCCUGUAAAAUGAAUAAAAGCCACUUCAUCUUGGUUAACAUUUUAGCAUUAUGUUAGAGUACAUUAUAUUGGUUUUGCAUGAUUAAAAUAUUUUUAAGUAGCUGGGAAAAUGACUUGCUGUUUUUCUAUGAUUAGACAUAUAUUUUUAUGAUUAUCAAUGAGAUCACCAUUAUUUCCUUUUAUUUUGUAAAAUAAAUAUUUUAUUUUGAA